AAGGAAAGCUCAAUGUUGAACCUGAUAAUGACAGCCUUCCAUGUGGUUUUCUUUGGAUUGAUAAUAAUUGCUGGCUUUUGCAAUGGAAAAGUUGAAAACUUAGUAAAGCCAGGAGGGAUAGCUCCUUAUGGUGUAAGCGGGAUUCUUGAUGGAGCAGCCAUAGUUUACUUCAGUUAUAUUGGAUAUGAUACAGUGUCCACCAUGGCUGAAGAAAUAAGAAACCCUUCCAAGACUCUACCUGUUGGAAUUGUUUGCUCAGUCCUCAUUGUCUCUGCCCUCUAUUGCCUCAUGGCUUUAGCUUUGUGCCUUUUGCUACCUUAUAAUAUGGUUCCAGGAUGUUACUGCCAAUGGAAGAGAAUGAAAAGCAAAAGAUUAAAGCAAUGAGAAGGUAUAAUUCAGAUUUUUAAGUACUGUGUUGACAUUGACAUUUCUUUAUGAAAAUGGAGAUUUUCCUUGAGGAAGAGAGUGUUUAUUUUCAUUUUUCGCGUCAAAGGAUUAUACUUUUGUGUCCUCACAUGCUACUUAUUUUACCUACUAUUCUCUGACAGCAGAAAUUCCAAUGCAUGCACACUCAAGAUUUUAGUGUCAUUUUGAUGUUGAAACUACUAUGUCUGAGUUGGUUGAUCUGUUCAAACAAAUUAAUUAUUAUGUUUAUAAGAGCCCUUCCACUGUACAUUUCGAAAUAUUUAAAACCAACAACUACCUUUAAUAUCAUUUGGAAUGGUGAAAAGGUGUACAGUUUAAUACCAUCCUCUGUCUGAUGAGGUUUUUGAAAUUUGACUUGAGCUAGGUUGAUUGCAAUGUAAGUUGAGUUGCUUUCUCUGCUCUUUUUGUUAGUGCCAUUUUGCUUGCCAUGUAAGAAAAAACUAUCCUUUGUUGCGAUGUUAAAUAUCUAAUGUUUAUGCUGGAUGUUUCUCCUUCCAAUCUUAUGAAAAAUCACACUUUCAAGAUACCACAUCUGUGGUGUAUGAUGAAUUAUUGAUGACGGUUGUGGUGUUGAUCGGAUUACUCUAAUUAUUAUAAUGAAAGUAGGAUGAUCAUUGUAGCAAAUUAGUAUCAACUGAAGGCUUAGGGAUAAGGAGGAAAAAAGUGGUCUUUUGAAUGGGACAAAUAUGCUUCACAUACACUAAUUUUGCAGCUGAAAGACUAGAUUUGGAGAUUAUUUAUGUGGGGUGUUUGAAGGCAUCAGAUUUAGAAUUCAAUAAACAAGAGGAAGUAGCAAAAUUCUUAUGAAAGAAAUUUAGGUAUGUACCAACUAUCUUGUCAUUGAUAAACAAGUACUAUCAUCUCAUGAUUUUUGCCUACUAUGUUGAGCAGAAUAUAAUAGAAUAAAAGUUGAUUUUUUC